AUGUGGAAUAAAUUAGUGCCUGGCAAAGUAAAUAUGCUUAUCUGGUGUCUAUCGAAAUCAAGACUCCCCACUAGAAAUAAUUUGUCCAUAAAAGGUAUCCGGGUGAAUUCGAUUUUAUGUCCUUGUUGCCUAAGCCAGCCGGAGACGGAAGAUCAUAUCUUAUUCGGCUGUUCGUCUACAAAGGAGAUCGGUGAUUAUGUAAGGAAUUGGUGGUCGAGUUUUCCUUAUCAAGCUUCCAACUUGGCGGAGUUCUUUUUUGCGGCACAAUUCCCGUUCAAAGGGAAGACGGAGAAGGAUGCGUUGGAGGUAAUUCUCAUGGCGUUCAUUUGGGUGUUAUGGGCGAAUCGCAAUGCGCUGGUUUUCAACAAAUCUCCUAAAAGCCCGGUCGUGCUUUCCAAGGAGAUCGUGCUUUUUUCGUAUAACUGGCUUAGAGUUAGAUCGAAGUCUUGUAAUAAUCUCGAUUGGAACGCUUGGUGUAUCAGCCCCUUAUCGGCUUUGUUAUAA